AUGAAUCCAAAAGAAGCAGUUUUUAGAUAUACUCUAAUGGAGCUAUUAGAAGAUGAAGAUUCGACUGCCAGCUCUGAUUCCGAAGAUAGUAUAGAGGAAAAUGUUUUACAAGCAUGUAUGAGUAGUUGUAUAAAAGGCAGUCGUAACUGUAUUAAGCUUUUUUUUGAGAAUACCGUUCCAACCUAUUCUUUUGAGGAAUUUAAAAUGCAUUUUCGUAUAACAAGACCACUGUUUAAUAGUUUGGCCAUCAAGUUUAGAGACAGCAGUGAAUACAAAAGCAUAGAAAGACAUUACAAUACUGUUUCUUAUGAAAAACAGGUUGGGUUAUUUUUAUGGUUUGCAGGACAUGAGGCUUGUGCAUACAGAGAUUUGGCUGACCGAUUUGAUCUUUCAUUAUGGACAGUACACACUAUAAUUUAUAGAGUGUCCAGAUUCUUAAGUAACAUGUCAGUAAAUGUUAUAAAAUGGCCUUCUCUACAACAAAGGCUUGAAAGCGAACAAAAGUUUUCAUCCAAAUACAAUUUUCCCGGAGUAAUAGGAUCAAUCGAUGGCACCCAUGUCAUUAUUGAUCCUCCCAAUGACAAUAAGGAUAAUUACAUUGACCGUAAAGGCAAUGUUAGUAUAUGUGUACAAGGUAUUUGCAAUGAACGCAAAAAAAUAAUAGACAUUUUUAUUGGUUUUCCUGGCUCUACUCAUGAUAGUAGAGUAUUAAAAAACUCUCCAAUUUUCUCUGAGCUUCCUACACUUAUAGAACAAGGACACUACUUACUUGGUGACUCAGCUUAUCCUUGCCUUCCAUACCUUAUAGUACCUUACAGGGAUAACGGACAUCUCACUCAAUCCCAAAAAUAUUUCAAUAAAAGAUUAAGCCAAAUUAGAGUACAAAUUGAACAUACUUUUGGGUUAUUAAAACAACGGUUUAGGGCAUGCUGUGUAUUACACAAUUUAGCAGAUCAAACAGAUUUAGAUUGUUUUGAAGAAGCAAAAUUGGAGGAAAAUAUUCAAACAGUGUACGAAGGGCGUGAGGAAAGUGGAAAACUUCUACGCGAUGAAAUAUGUAAUAAAAUAUUUAGAAAUAAGAACUAA